AUGUCCGUUUACGUUGUCACUGGAGUGUCCAAGGGAAUCGGGUUCGAGUUCCUUAGGCAGAUCUGGGAAGACCAGAAGAACCUGGUUGUCGGUCUGGUCCGCGACAAAGCUGCGACCGAGAAGAAGAUAGCGGCAGAGCUGGGCGACCGUCACAAUAUCCACAUCCUCCAUGCAGACCUCACCAAGUACGCCAGCCUGAAGCAAGCCGCUGCCGACACGGCCGAGACCAUCGGCGAGCGUGGCAUCGACUAUCUGGUGGCCAACGGAGCUUUGGUGCCCUACCUCGACACCUAUGGACCCAUCGGCGCAUUGAGCGACAAGGUCGAGGAGGUUGAUGCUGUUUCAUCGCAGCUAUCGCAGACCAAUGUUGUCGGCAACAUCCACCUCUUCCACCUCUUCCUCCCUCUUGUCCUGAAGGGCAAGGUCAAGAAAGUCCUUACCAUUUGCAACAUCUGGACCUUUUUAUUAAUGGGAUUCAUGGGCAAGCUCGUCACUUAUGCGCCUCACUUCAAGGGCCCAAUCAGUCCGGAAGAAUCCGUCCGACAUGUCAGGUCGACCUGGGAGAAGGCCAGCAUCGAGGGUGGGUUUGGUGGUGCGUUUGUCUCGCACCUUGGAAACAAGCAGUGGGUGUAA